ACAGUUUAAUUAUAUGUUUGUUCUGAAUAAUAUGGACUGAUUUUUUGGAAACUUUAAAUGUAGUUUGUGAGUAAUAUUGCUAUUUUAUUAAUUACUUUAUAUUUAUGUGUUACAUAAUGGCAUGUAGAGUGUUUGAAUGUGCGUUCACUGCAUGUUCUGAUUGAAGUUUUAGAUAUUUGAAACCACUACCCCCCUUGUUCUCCCCCUCAGUCUGUUAGUUAGGUCUGUUGCCUGGCUACAGUACAGCCGUAUUCUCCUUGAGAUGUUUUCAAUGUCACUAAAACAAAGCAGGAGGCACGUCUUUACAACACAAUGAAAGUUUGAUUGGGUGCCAGGCGGUAAUAACACAUCAGCUCAAAUUUCCUCAAUCAGAACAAAACCAUAUAAUUCUCUUUCUGUCUAUUUUGAAGCUGGAAUAUUAUGCUGAGAAAUUAAUAUGCAUGCCAAAAACGAAAAGGCUUCUGAGGAGAGUUGUUCAAACGUAAAACACUUAAGUCAGGAUGUCCACUGUGGCUUCUGUACGGCUCCCGGCUAUUCAGCACCCUUCAUCAAGACUUGGAGAUCCAGAGCUCAUCUCUCUCCGGGGUUAUUCCACAGACUGCGGCAGAGAUCAGAGAUGCUGGCUGCCUCAGAGAGGAACCAGACCUCAGUCUCCAGGAACGGAAAGUCUGGACUCUGCUUUUCGCAGUGAGAGCAGAAGAAGUGAUAUCAGUUUCCUGAUGGAGAAAGGAAAAAGAGGAGGAUUAGAUAUUCCAGAGCAAAUUCCUGAGGGAGACGAGGUCACCCACGACCAGGAUAAAGCCAGAAUACCUGCUUUCCGUCACAGGGCAGCAUCAGAAAAUCGCUCUGUAAGUAGAGUCUCUCAUACAACAUAUUCCAGCACUGGGCCAUGGAUGAACGAUCAAACAGAUCAGCUGGAAGAUGAACUGAAAGAGCGCAUUCAAAAUACUGGAGCUCUGACACUUAAAAUCCUGUUCAAGAACAACCACCCUGAUGGCAAACCUCUUGUCAACAGACCUGCUUUACUUGAGGUCCUUACAAAUUACCUAAGGAGGCCUGUCACAGCUAAACAGCUGAAAACCCUUUUAUUUCGUCUGCACCUCUCUGACCGAGUGCUUAUCAGUUUUGAGGAAUUGUAUGGUGCCCUGAAAGACCCAGACUCCAAUAAAAGUAACCCCGUGGGUCUUCUUACAAUUCCUCAGACAAUGGCCCUGCUGAGAGGUCCUGCACGCAGCAGGUUUCUGGAGAGUGUAGAGGUUUUGUGCAAGUCAGACAAUCUUACUGAAAGCUGGAUUUCUGCCCCAGAGUUCAGAAAUAUCCUCAACAAACUCAAACUUCACCUGAAAGAUCCUGAUUUGGAAAAAUUAUGGAAAAGGUUAGAUGUGGAUGGACUUGGAGCAGUUAAGCAGACUAUUUUUCUAAAGAAAUUAGGACUGAGCAGAGGGAUUGAACCAAACAAUGAGAAAAACCACCACUCUUCUAUUACUGCUAAAGCCGAAAACACGAAAGCUCCUGGUAGGACGCUCUCUACGGCGGAAGAGGAGCGUCAAACAUCUAUCACCAUAGAGGAAUGGCUGAAGGACAGAUUCAGGGAAGGAGCUCAGAGGAUGAAAACAGAGUUUGAUAAACUGGAUCCUGAGAACAGUGGAAAGGUGAGGGGUGCGGACUUUCUUCAGGUGUUGAAGAAGUUUGACCUGCAUCUGAAGAGAGAGCACCUGGGUCUGUUUUUGUCUCGCUGUGGUCUGAAGCUAAAAAAGGGUUGUGUACAGUACUUGAACUUCCUGCGCACAUUCCAGGACAGAAGUUCAGAUGGCAUCACUCACAAGAUCAUCUCCAACCCAAAACACAGGUUUCAUUCUGAUGAGAACAUCAGCUGUGCUUCCUCUCUAAGUGCCAUAGAGGCCAAAUUAGCUCGCCUGUUUCAGUCAGAGUACCUUUCCCUCCUCCAGACCUUUCAGAACAUUGACAAGUUUAAUAAAGGGACCAUUAGUAAAGAAGAAUUCAGAGCUGCUAUGGAGAGCAGGUUUGGCCUGGAGAUUUCCGAGCCUCAGUUUGAGCAGCUGUUGGACAGGCUCCCUCUUGACCGCCACGGAAAUGUGCAGUACCCGAUCUUCAUGGCAGCCUUUGACACCAGGAAAGGAGUUCCCAGCCUCUUCCAGGCAGCCGCUCAGCAUGCCUUGAAACAUGAUUCAGGCGAGGAGAAGGGCUCAGAGGAGGAUCGGAGUGACCAUGAGCUGUUUAGUCUGGUGAAGAAUUUGGUGGCGAAUCGUUACAGAGAUGUGCUAAGAGAGUUUGAAGAACUGGAUGAGAAAAACACCAGACGUCUCACUCAGGAGGACAUGUACCAGUUACUUAAAAGGUUAGAGCUCCAUCCUGAGGUAACUCGUGGAGAGGUCCGGAGGUUGUGGUCCUCUUUGUUCACUCAGCAGGAUGGAACUGUGGACUUUCAACAGUUCAUACGUCACUUUGGCCCGUCGCCCAAAUCCUGCUGUUACCCCAAUGCCAAGCACAAUCCCCCCAAACGUGGAGACAAUGACUUCAUGCGCCUCUCCAAACGACUCAACUGUGUCUCUGAUAUACUAGUGGAUGCUCUACGGGCCAAGGUGGAGUUGUCUGUUUCUGAGCUCUGGACUGAGUUCUCUGAACUGGAUUUUUCUGGAACAGGUUUUGUUAGCAGUGAUGAAUUUAAAGAGGUCCUAAUGAGUCUCUGUGUUCAUCUCAGCCAAUAUGAGUGUGACGUUUUGGCCAAGAAGUUUGACAUCAACCAUGAUGGCAGCGUAUCCUACACAGAAUUCCUCAAGCCUUUUCUAUCCCAGAGUCAAAUCUGGAAGCAUGGAUCCAAUAUGGCAGCUGCUCUACAGACUCCUAGAGAAACUAAAGAUGUUGCCACUCUGGAAACAUUAAGUCACAAGAUCAGGAAAAAGCUUCAGCGUAAGGCCAAGGCUUUUAGCAAGGCCUGUGCCCGCCUGGAUGGCUCUGGCGCUGGGCUUCUGUCUGCAUCUGAGCUGGGUGCUGUACUACAGCUGUUUGGAGUGUGUCAGAGCCAGGAAGAGCUGAAGAGUGUGUUCUCUACUCUACACACACACUCGUCUGGACUCCUGGACUACCGCCCGCUCCUAAUGGACAAACACAGGACAUCCAGUCAAAGCAAGCAACAGCUUAGCCAAAGGAGUCAAUAGGUCAGAGGGUUAAAACAAAUGGUGGCUACACUGUCUUAAUACUUUUAAAAAGAUGGGGCUGUUACCAUUUCUUUCGCAUAAAAGAGAGAUACAAGAUAAUAUGUGACCCUGGACCACAAAAACCAGUCAAUAAGUGUCAGCGUUUUGAAAGUCUGAAAUCUGAAUAAGCUUUCCACUGAUGUAUCAGAUAUGUAUUUGUUAGGAUAUUACAAUAUUUGGCUGAGAUACAGCUAUUUGAAAAUCUGAAAUCUGAGGGUAAUUAAAUAAGAAAAAAAAAUAUUAAGAAAAUCGUCUUUAAAGUUGUCCAAAUGAAGUUCUUAGCAAUGUAUAUUACUAAUCAAAAAUUAAGUUUUGAUAUAUUUACGGUAGAAAAUUUACAAAAUAUCUUCAUGGAACAUGAUCUUUACUUAAUAUCCUAAUGAUUUUUGGCAUAAAAAAAAAAACAAUACUUUUGACCUAUACAAUGUAUUUUUGGC